AUGUCAGCAAACGAUUUCUACUCAUCAGGUGACCAAUCCCAAUACGACCCAAAACAAUCAACUCAAUCCCGCAACAACAACAACAACAAUAGUAAUGGUGGACAAGGCGGUGACCAAGACCGUGGUUUCCUCGCUACUGUCGCUGGUGGUGCUUUGGGUGGUUACGGUGGCCACGAGCUUGGUGGUCAAAGUCACGGAAAAUUGGGCUCUGUGUUGGGUGCAAUUGGUGGUGCCAUUGGUGCUAACAAAUUAGAGGACGAAUACAAAGAACACAGACAAGAAGGUAAACACCAUGGUGGCCGUGCUGAAGAAGGCGGACAUGGCGGAAGUUUGGGAAGCUAUUCUGCAUCUCAAGAAGACAGAUAUAACGACCGUCAAAGCGGAAGAAACGAUAACUAUGGUGGAAGAAAUGACAACUAUGGCGGAGACAGAAGAGAUGAUUUUGGUGGAAGAAGAGAAGACAACUUUGGUGGAAGAGGAGAAGGUUUUGGCGGUCAAGGUGGUUACAACACAGGUUACGGUAACAGAAUGGAAAGUGGCCCAGGUGGUCAUGGACCUCAUGGAGGCCGUGGCGAGGGACGUUAUGAAAGUGACUACGGUAACAGAAUGGAAGGUGGCCCAGGAGGAUUUGGACGUCAAGGAGGUCGUGAUGAAGGUCGCUAUGAAAACGAUUAUGGUAACAGAAUGGAAGGUGGUAGAGGUGGUCGUCAAGGAGGUUGGUAA